AUGCUCCAUGUCCUCCAUGCGGUGUCUGGAGCGGAGCUGGCCGAUAUCCGGGUGGAGCAGCAAACUUAUGUCAGGACAGUGAAGGCCCACUUGUGUGAACAGUAUGGCUUUCCCUUGAGCCUUCAACAGCUCUUGCACGAUGGAAGUGUCUUGGAAGAUGGUGUCGACUUGGGCAUGCUAGCUAUGCCGAUGGAAGCUCAUCUGGUUCUUCUGCCCGUGUCGGCAAAAGUGCUCAGUGUCGCUUCCGAGCUUGAGCUUGCUGCAGAGCAGGGCCACGUACAGCAAAUACGAUGGCUUUUCGAGACAGACGCCUUCAAGGACCUGGCCCCUCAUCAUGUUGAACGGCCAUUUGUUAUAGCUUCUCAGCGAGGACACGUUGAGGUUUUGCAACUCUUCAUCAGUGCAGGUGCAACCCGACAAGUGGAUUGCGCGAUUCAGGAAGCAUCUGCUGCCGGGCACGUUGAGGUUGUGCGAUUGCUGGUAGAAGCUGGCGCUGACAUCGGCCUUGACGAAGACGGUUACAGCUUUUCCCUAAUCAUCGCUGCCGAGGCUGGCCAUGUCGAGAUUGUGAGCUUGUUGUUGGAAGCCCGUGCUGAUGUAAGCUUCAUGGACCAUUUGGGUGGACACGCCAUCGCAGAUGCAUCUGAGAAGGGCCAUGCGAGGGUGGUGCACUUGCUGUUGGACGCUGGCGCUGACAGAGACGCAGCUUUAGAAGCGGCGGCUGCGCAUGGCCAGGCCGAAAUCGUUCGUUUGCUGUUGCAGCGAGGCAUCCUCGGCGAUGAGUUCCGUGACCAAAGGCAAAAGGCUUCUGAAUUGGCCUUGAAGAAAGGUCACCUUGAAAUUGUGGAGCUUCUUGCGGGCUAG